AUGGCGCACCGAUUCAUCGUCGACUCGAGUCCCCCCUCGAGCCCCGCGCCCUCGACUCCUGAUAGAAGAGCCCGCCAUGGUCUUGCCUAUCCCUCCCUCCCCGACAAUCCCUCCACCACGCCCGCAGGGCCCAUCCCUUCCUCCGUCGCCUCCUACACCCCGAGCGGCGCACCCUCGGACCAAUACUUGGGAAGCUCCAUGAUGCGCGGCAUGGCCGCCAGCAAGCCCUUGUCCUUUGGCUCCCAGUCCCAGGCCGGCACUGGGAGGAGCUUGUUUGGCCGGAGCGAGACCCCCAAUGCCUCGCUUGGGCGCUCCGUUCGAGCCAGGGAACGACAGCCUUCUGCCCUGAGCAGACAAUUCAUCGUCGACGACCAAGAUCCGGAUCAGCAUCAGCAAGACGAGGACAGCGAGCCCGAGCUGCCCCCGCACCCUGGCAGUCUGUUCCGAAUGUCGACCGGCCCCUCCAAGCGAGACGAGGACCCUACCCACGCCCAAGAUGUCGACGACUUCGAAGCCGAACUCGAGAAGUACAUUGACCAAGACGUGGAUGCUGAAGCUGCGAACGGCCAAGCCUCUAGCGUCGAAUCACUGUCACGGCAAGGGUCCGAAGAAGGAGACAUGUUUCUGAACAUGCGACACGAUGACCGACCGUACGGGCAACCAAUCAUCGGCCAGGAUGAGGAGGACAUGAUAAUGCUCAACACACCCGCGGCCACAUCCAGGGUCCGAAAGGAAGCAGAGGACAUCUUCCGUAGAUCGUCAGCCCGGCUGGGAGGGCUCUCCAAGAGCCGCGAGUUCCAGUUUGCCACCAUUGCCAGGGACUUUUACACGCGACAGGACCCGGCCCGGAUAACCGAGUCACCGGACCUCAUCCUUAAAACAGAGGCCCUGGUUUGCAGGCUCUACGAAGAAGGCGUCGGCACCGAGGACGAUGCCGAAAAGAUGGACAACUCCCUCGCCAACGUCACUUGCCUGCUGACCCAGCUCUGGAACGACUAUGUGGAUAGCCUGCCUCAUCCGGAAGGCGAGGACCUUGCUACUGUUGGGCCCGGCUCGCAGGCCGAGCCCUUUGAAAAGGCGGCCUUUGUCGCCCAGCUGAUGCUGCGCAUACACCACACCAGAUUCGACAACGACGCCAGGGAUGACAAGGCACCCCCGCCACCCGAGGUGCUGUUUGACUGGCUGCAAACUAACCAUAACCUGUACCCCGACCAGGUACGCGAGAUUGCUCGGCACAAGCCAAGUCCCGCCUGCCAUGGCUUGUUCUGGCAGUCGCUGCGUUGCGCUCUGCUCCGUGGUGACGUGCACGGGGCAUCUCAGUUGCUCCACAAUGCCGGCUGGGAGAAUGUCCGCAGAGGCCCCCAUGGCGACCAGACCUACACGGGCAAGGCCCUGGAAAACAUCCGGCGCGUCGCGGACGCGACUGGCGACAUGCUCGAGCAGUGCCCCGCGAUGAGAUCAGACUGGGACAUCCGCAACAGCACUUGGACGCUGUUCCGUGUCCAGGCAAGGGGGUCGCUCGACAAGCUUACGCUCUUUGCCGAAGGCAACCUGGACGGCUCGGCCGCGCGAGGGCCCCAAUCCAUGUCGGCUAUGGCGCGCAAGGCGUCGAGCCAGAUCCCUUGGGACGUGUACGAGAAUUUGCAGGUUGUGUAUGGCAUCGUCCUCGGCAAACGCGAAUCCAUUAUGGACACGGCGCAGGACUGGUGCGAGGCCACGGUCGGCCUAUUUGGCUGGUGGGAUGACGGCAGUCAGCGUCCGAAGAAUCUGCGGCUGUCACAGACUCUCGGGUUCGGGGCAUCAACGUCCGGGAUGGCACGUUCAGACGACUAUUGCGACCGUUUGGCUUCGGCCUUCCACCUCGUGCUCCGCUCCGACAUGACGCCGAACCCAAUCAAUCCUGUCGAGGUCGCCAUCGCAUCUGCGUUCGAGGGCAACGUCGAUGCUGUCAUUGGUUGUCUGCGAAUGUGGUCUCUGCCCGUGGCCUCGUCAGUGGCGGAGAUUGCCUCCCUCGGGAAGUGGCUCCCCCCUACGCAGGCCUUGAAACCGCUUCUGACUGAUGCCUUGGACAUGGAAGACCUGGCUCUGCUUGGCGUUACACCACCAUCCCAAGACGAGAUUGAAGGCAUCAAGGACACGACACUGGUUCUGUAUGCGCGAGAGCUCGCUGGCGUUGAUCACCUAUCCCCCCAAAGAGACGGAUGGGAGAUGGCCAUUCAGGUGCUUGGCAGGAUGGACUUGCCGGAGAAAGCGGAUGAGACGGUAGGCGAGUUGCUCCGGGACCUACUGGAGACACUGGACGAGAACUCGAGCACGACUGUGGACAGGAUGUGGCGGAUACUCAACGACCUCGGCAUGGUCAAGUACGCCGAAGAGACGGCAGAGACAUUCGCCCAAAUCCUGUCCAAGGAAUCCCACCGAUAUGGCGAGGCCCUGUGGUACUUUGCCCUGGCGCAUCGCGUGGACAGUGUUCGCGACGUCCUCAACCUCCUCAUCGCUUAUUCUCUGGUGCAUUCGACGGCAUAUCCAGCGGAGAAGGAUCUCGACGAGGAGCUCAAAAGCCUUUUGCGAAAGCGUACCGACACCUUGGAGAUGCGUGCCAAGCAAGACUUGGAGGCGGCGCAGUUGCUGGGGCGAAUGCUCAGCGGCUAUGCCACGCUGCGCAAAUUCUACGAAAUCAGGGACGGCGAGAAACUGGAAGACAUGUCGGCGUCCAAGGUGGCGUCGCUCAAGAAGCAGGCCGCGGCGGCGCUCGUGGCCGUCAUUUCCAGCGCCGACGACAACAUCCGCGGAGGCCUCUACGACGAGAGCCGGGAUGCGGUGGUGAGCGAGGAUUUCUUGCUCGCUCUUCUCGGUGAGGCCACGGCGUUUGUCAGCCAGUCACCUGCCACCAUCUCGCUCGAACAAAUCGACGUCCUGCUCAAGGCGAUUGAGGACAUCCAGACGGUGGGCUCGCGGGUCCGUGAUGCCUGCGAUGACUUCUUCAACCUGGUGCUCGCGUCGGGCCAAGGCCUCAAGGGAUCCACGCCUGCCGAUCUGAUGACCAAGUCGACGAGCUCGCUGAGCGGGAGCAGCUACGUAAUGAGUGGCAGCUCGAUGCUGGCCAGCCAUUUGCACCGGUCGAUGGCGGCGGGAGCCAAGGUGCACCGCGGAUGGGACUGGAGAAGGGUGUGGACGGCGAACACAAAGGGCGACGACGUGCUGCGCAAGCUGCGCCUGGGGCUAGCAAAGGACCUGGCGGCGCUCUGGCUGGAGGGGGCGGAUGGAGUCGCGACGUUUUGA